UAUAUUAAUUCCACGUGAUCAACUGUGUCUUUUUAUCUAUUGAAUAAUAAUCUCAUUUAGAGUUUCUACCAAGUUAAAAGUUUUAGUGACUGUCAUGUGAAAACACAGUCUUAUCAGAUUGACAAUCGGUGUAAUGAAAUUAUUGCCACUUGUAGCACUGACAAAACAAAGACAACAUAAUAUGUUAUGAAAUUAUUAUUUUCACAAUGCUAUGUCACAUCUCGGGGUAGUGUUUUCCUUAAGAAUGUUACGAAAUAUUAAGUUUUUAAUUUUGUCAGGGUUAGUUAACAGCCACAGUUAUAAUAGUAUCUAAUAGCUGAUACACAAUUGAAGUCAUAAGAAUGAUGAAUGAUAUGAUAUAAGGAUAAAAAAUAUUUCUGUGGAAUAGACGAACGAAUGUCGAAUGACUGACUACAUUUAUUGGUUUUUAUAAAUAAUAUAAUAACCCUGGAUAUUGCUGGUUGAAAAUAAAAUAAAAUUAUAUAUUGAUUUGGCUAUCAGAAUUUCAAAAAUAUUAAGGAAUAAAAAAGAAAAAAGAAGACAAGUUAGAAGAUUGGGCGUUGCCUUAGGUUUGUCUCAUCAAAUAACCUACUCAAGAUUGGGCACUAUGGCUAAGUUCCUUCGCCUAUUCCAAUGGACGAAUUAAUUAAACUACUAUGUAAUACUACGAGUGAUUGUCCGAAAAGUAACUAAUAAUAGUAUGUAACAGAAUAUUUAAACUUUGGUUAAAGUAAUUAAAAUUUUAAUUAAAGGUUGAAAAAAAAUUAUAACUGAUUUUUAAGAAAUAGGCUGUAUGGGUUCAGAUCUCUUUGCCCUCUUGCUUCGUGGGAACUAACGAUUGUCAAAAAAGUUUACUUUCUUUCAUUUGCACAAAGUAAAUAACAUCACGUAUUUUUUUUUUUAAUUAAAAACCGCAACUUAUAAAUUACUAGUUUAAUUAGGUGUCAUCCAUCAAAAUCAUUUUUCUUUUAUGUGCGACUCCUUGUGUUAUAAUAAGCUAAGGUUUGUAAAUAUUUCUGUAACUCUAACCUAUACAAUAAAAAUCAAACUUUAAAAAAUAGAAUGUAGAUAAAUUUGUUUAGUUACUUCAAAGAAAAAGUUAUCACAAAAUGAUAUAAAAAAACUACGUAUUAAAACAAACUUGCCAUACGUUGUCUUUACAAUCAGAAUCAGAUUGUUUUUAUAUCUUAAAAUAACAACAUAUCUGUAUUAUUUUUAUGUCGAAAAUGUUCGCAUGACGCAACAACACUAACGCAAUAAAGUUUAAUCUGAUAUGACUGAAAAAUUCUUUGAAUUGUUUGGCGUAUGUGGAGGAUAUUUACUCGUAUUGUUGCCAUGUAUGCAUCAACAAAAGUUGUGGGUUACCUUUUGCAACCAUUCUUAGUAUAAGGCCCUGAUGUCCAUGUUAUGCAUAAGAAAAAGAAUUCAGUUUGUUCGGUAAUAUUCAAUCUUGCAGCGAUUUAACAAUUUUAUUGUGUCAUCAAAAAUACCUGUAUUGCAUUGGUAUCAGUUUUCACUUAUCAACAUUUUAUUAAAUAAAGUUUUGUGAAAUUACUAUUAAGGAAUGGUGUCUCUUUUAAGAAUCGCAUACUAAUGUCUUGCCCUUGUUAAUAUUUUUUCCUCAAAUUUGUCAAGUACAUUGUAAGGAUAAUAUUUUUUAGUUUAUUUUUGGUUGUUUACUAUUAUUGAUUGUAUACAUUAUCUGUUUAGCCGAAUGUGAGUAUAUCAUUUAACCUAUUUAACUUGAAAUAUCCAGUAAUGUAGAGCAGAUACAGGUCAAAUGUUACAAGAGUAGUUAAAAGCGGUUUGCACUCCCAGUUACUGCACUUUUUGAUACAACAUGAACUAUGUCACCUUAGCAACUUCUUAAGUAAGAACUGACAAUAAGCAAAUAUUUCCAGCUGAUCAUUUCUAAAGUAGUAUUCUUAUCAGUGUAGUGGAAAUAUGUUGUUUAUCUAUAGUGAUCUAAUGACCUAUGUACGUCAACAGUAGGUGAUGAGGCAAAUCUUGUGCUACAGUUUAGUCAGUUCAUUACUGAAAUCCACAAUGAGAAGUCACACAUACAUAGAUUCCUUGGGCUCGGCCAGGAUGAUGGCCCAAGUCCUAGAUGGAAAAUCUCUUGCCAAAGAUAUCAAAGAUGAAUUAAAACUCAAAAUACAAGAGUGGGUCAACAGGGGCCACCGGGCACCCUCACUAAAGUGUAUCAUAGUUGGAGACGAUCCUGCGAGUCAUACAUAUGUCAAAAACAAAGUUGAAGCCGCAAAGUAUGUUGGUAUUGAUGCUGAGACUAUAAAGUAUGAAGACACUUUAACUGAAGCUGAAUUAAUAAAUGCCAUUAAAGAGUUGAAUGCAGAUGAAAAUGUAGACGGUAUUCUUGUUCAAUUACCUGUGCCAGAAACUAUGGACGAGAGGAAAGUUUGCAAUACAGUGGCCCCGAAAAAGGAUGUUGACGGUUUCCAUAUUAUAAAUGUUGGUCAACUGUGCUUAGAUAUGCCCACUAUUGUCCCAGCAACUGCACUUGCUGUCAUUGAAAUGCUCAAAAGGUUCAAAAUCGAAACCUUUGGCCGGAAUGCUGUAGUUGUCGGUAGAUCGAAGAAUGUCGGUAUGCCAAUAGCUAUGAUGCUGCAUUCUGACAAGAGACAUGACAGCGGUUUGGGUAUGGAUGCGACGGUAACGAUAUGCCAUCGGUACACACCAAAAGAGCAGCUGGAGUCGUUCUGCCGUAAUGCUGACAUCAUUGUAACUGCUACUGGUAUACCAAGUCUUAUCAAAGCCGACAUGGUGAAACCUGGUGCUACAGUAAUCGACGUUGGUAUCACUAGAAUCACCGAUGAACAAGGAAAGACCAAAUUGGUUGGCGACGUUGACUAUGAUGAGGUAAGAAAAGUCGCGGGUGCCUUAACACCUGUUCCUGGUGGAGUUGGUCCGAUGACAGUCGCAAUGUUAAUGCACAACACAUUCCAAGCCGCACAGAGACUACGUGAUACAACCACUAACUGAGUGAGUCACACUCUGCUUACAUGCCGUUUCUGCGUUGCAUAUACUAUGGCUGUAUAUUAAAAAGUAUUGAAUCUUAUUAUUAGCGCGAUAGAUACCAUUUUUGUUACUGCACUCAUGUCUUUGUGUCAAUAUCGUUUAAUUAGAUUUUUCAUAUAUAAAAAUGAUAUUCUGUUUACUCUAAAAUUAGUUUUUAUUACUGAUAUGUAUUUUUAGUGGUUAUUUUUAUUGUAGUUCUAAACAACUGAUGAUAAUUUUUCUAGUUAAAAAUUUGGCAAUCUGUCCUUUUAUUUUUGUAGGUUAAACAAUCUUUGUUGAUGGAUAAAAAUAUGGUGAUGUAAAUUAUCAUUAUUUAUUAUUAGUUUUCAAUCAUUGCUAUUAUUAAUAUUGCUUGUUCGAAUUGAAGCUUUUUUUGUUGUUAUAUUUUUGACGAAUAUCAUUUGUGAUAUUGUAAAUAAAUAUGAGGCAGGUCCUCAUUAAAGUAACGUAUGACUAACAAAAACAAUGGCAUUAACGAGACAUGGCAGUUUCUAUUAUUGCCCUAAACGGUUCACACACAAAUAAAAAAUAAAAUACU